AUGGCAUUUGCAGUAAAAGCUCAAGUGAAUUUGAGCAUUUCUUCACAACGCAAAUUUGGGGGAUUUUCUGGGAGUAAAUAUAGAAAUUCUGGGUUUGAAAAUGGGCGUAGUUUGUUUGUUUCAGCAACGAUGUCAAGCAGCCCUGCUCUAAAUGUCGAAAAUCUUUCUAUCAAGUCCAAAGAUAUUGGAUUGCCCCUUAUGGUCAAUAGCUGCAUGGGGAAAAUGGGAAAGGCGGUUAUUGAAGCAGCAGCUAAUGCUGGACUUCAUAUUGUUCCUGUAUCAUUCGGUGCUCAAGAGGAGAGUGGGCAGUUUGUCCAAGUGGGGGGUAAAGAAAUUCAGGUCCACAGUCCUUCAGAAAGAGAAGAAAUCCUUGCUUCUGUCUAUGAUGAAUAUCCUGAGCUGAUUGUGGUAGACUAUACUGUGCCGACUACAGUAAAUGAUAAUGCAGAGUUGUAUUGCAAAAUUGGGGUGCCAUUUGUGAUUGGAACCACUGGUGGAGAUAGGGAGAGACUCCAUAAGACUGUGGAGGACUCAAAAAAUUAUGCUGUCAUAUCACCGCAGAUGGGAAAGCAGGUUGUGGCAUUUCUUGCAGCCAUGGAAAUUAUGGCGGAACAAUUCCCUGGAGCCUUUUCUGGAUAUUCUCUUCAGGUCAUGGAGUCUCAUCAAGCCAACAAAAAGGAUGCAUCUGGGACUGCUAAGGCUGUUAUCUCAUGCUUUCAGAAACUUGGAGUGGACUUUGAUAUGGAUCAGAUACAACUAAUACGGGAUCCUGAGCUGCAAGUUGAGAUGGUUGGUGUCCCAAAAGAACACGUUUCUGGUCAUGCAUUCCACAUGUACCACCUAACGUCUCCUGACCAAACGGUAUCAUUUGAGUUUCAGCAUAAUGUGUGUGGAAGGUCUAUAUAUGCUGAGGGUACUGUAGAUGCUGCGCUUUUCCUGGCGAAGAAGGUUCAAUCUAAGGCUACAAAACGGAUUUACAAUAUGAUUGAUGUCUUGCGUGAAGGCAACAUGCGAUGAUAUGUCUGAACUGUUGUGAUUCUUAGAGAUCGUUCGCAACUCAGUUCAAUGGUUCAUAUUAUCCUACUUUGUACCAUUUAGGACGAGAUAUCUUUGUUGGAUAAGCAUGUAUUGUUUGAUGUAUCAGUAGGGAAGCAGAGUCACAGGCUUGAGCAUAAUUUUGUAGUCUAGGAUGUUAAGUUGCCUUUGUGAUCCAGAAUACAUGGGAAGCCCCGAGAUAUUUGGGCUUGGGCCUAGGAAUCUUUAUUAAAGACUAAUAUUAAGUGUUACACACUUACACUACUUUAAUCACCAAUCUCUUUAAACUAUAAAAUAAAAUCAAGACGGAGUUAGUAAUAA